GCUGCUUCUCUUCCCCAUGACUCGGCGCGAUGUCAACAAUGACAUUUGUUCGUUCGCCCGGAUAAUUCGCAAACCAGAGUAACGCAUUUCGUGCGUUUCGUCGCGUGUCGGUCUGGUGCACGAAACGAGAAGAAGAGAGUCCGGUGGAAAUUCACACGAUCUGGAGUUCGAGAAGAGUCUGAAGAAUCGAAUUGUAUGUCGGGGAGACCAUAAGAGCUGAGUCGAGCAGAUUCCCUCGGAAUCGCGUCGGGCCAUUCACUUAAUUAUGAUAGCCAUGGAGCUGUUGUUCGGAAUGCAAGUCAAUUCCGAGAUGGUCAUGCCGAUCACGCUGAGCGGCGUGAACUUGAAGACGAAAGUGGAAACGCUGAAGCAGGAAGCCGCGGAAAGGUGGAAUCUUCCCAAGGAUUCGUUCGAUUUUAUUUAUUGCGGGCUUAUACUCGAGGAUGACGCAACAGUAGAGUCUAUUGGAUUGAAGAAUGGAUCAAUGGUACAUGCACUGCAGAAGAAAGAACCGGAAUCGUCAAUAAUAAAUAAACAUAUAUCAGAAGAUUGCAUAUUACAGUUGGCAUCGGCGUUUAAGUCAUUCAAUGAGACCCCUGCGUUUAGAAGUGCACUGCAUCGUUUAAGUAAAAGGCCAGAAGUCAUAGAUAAUAUCAUUUCCUCCUCUCCUGGAUUGCACGAAGAUGCAGUCGCCAUUGCUAUGCUGCAAGAUCCUGACUUAAUGGCGCAUUUCAUAGAUGUUGACACUGUUAGAAGAAUUGCAAAGCUGCAUCCCGUGUUAAUCGAGGCAGCGCAGAACAUCGCGGCGGCCGUGCAUGAGGAAGCGCAUAACGCGGCUUCUAGCGGUUCCUCUAGCAGUUCGGUGGCUAGUUUGCAGCCCACCACCGCUCGUUCCUACAGCGUAGACAGUAUGAGCCUGGAGGAGGAAAUGGCGCGCGACAUCGCGCACUUUUUCGCUACGCAGCCCAUAAACGACAGCAAUUUGCGUUUUCCUAACGCACCGCCGGCUGCGAAUUCGCAGGCAUCGCAGCGAUUGGACAAUCCGCCAUCCUCCACGUCUGACAACGCAAAUCAACCCGUGACCGACAAUCAGAGUACCGGCGUGAUCACGUCGCAGAUGUUCAUGGAAGCUAUGAGACAAGCCGCGCUGGCGACCAAUUCGAAUCAGCAGCAGCCAACUGCGUCGCCGGCUACGUCCCUGUCGCCGGUAUUACCGCUAUUUUCGCCACCGAUCAACGAUCUGCAGCGGCAAUUGGCACAGAUGCACGAGAUGGGCCUUCAGGACGACACGAUAAACAUUCAGGCGCUACAGUUUACCAACGGCGAUGUGCAGGCAGCCAUCGAACUCGUGUUUAGUGGUUUCUAUGACAAUUAAUCGACAGGGACGAUGGGACAAGGUAAUAUAAGUGAUUACAAUUUGUACAAAUGGCAUUUCGUAAAACAGUGUUUUUUAUGGAUGAGUCAGCCUGAGAUAUCAGUUGACACAUGUUCUCAAUUUGUAACGUAGGUUGAUGCUGAGUCAUAGAGAAUGUGUUCAAGAUGUUUGUGAAAUUUACUCCUUGAGGAAGACUUUUAUAUCAUUUUUUAGAUACAUUGUUCACUGUAAUAUUAAUAUAGCAAGAUCCGUGAAACGUUGUCUUUCAAGGGUUCUAUAAAGACUAUUAUUCUAAUUUCCCUGAGUGCGGCAGUGUAUGAUAUACUUCGUUCUUAACAUCUAUCCAGAAAAUAUAUCAAGAAAGUGGACAUUAUGUAUAUUAACGAAAAAACUGUAUUUCUUGAAAUACUACUUGUUAAAUGCUAUGUAUGAAUUUUUAUAUUUCCGACAAUUUUGCAUUUAUAUGUUGCUCAAGUGAGAUUGAAA